UCGAUAUAUGUAUCCAUACAUAACAGGCUGUUCUUGUAUGAAAGUAUGUAACAUAUGUCCAGUCUAGUUGGUGUUCGUGCAUAUACAUUAGACUACACAUAGAAUGUUUACAUCGCACAAUACACCUUCAGUACAAUAAUCUUCUUUCAUAAACCGUGAAAGAAAUUGAAAAAUAAAAAAGAAUCAAGGAAUAAAUAGUGAUGUUGUUUGUCUGCAAGUAAACGGGAUACUAAAACAUACAAACAUAUAUAUAUAUAUCCAUAUAUAAUAGAUACAUUUACAGACAUAUACAUGUAAAGAACUGGACAGAUGUAUUGCGUGUAUUGCAUAGUAAAUAUAUAUAUAUAUAGAAAGUAAAUUGACAUUUCCCAAUUGACUAACUAACUAACUAACCAAAUAACAACUAUUAUGAUUGAACGAAUCACAUAAUUGUUUUGAUCAAGAAAUUAGUUACUAUGUACAUGAACAUGUAACAGUGUAUAUAUAUAUACGUGCUUGUUUAAAAUUCAAUGCAUAGAUACAUAAUGGUAUUUUGAAGAAUACAUUAAUACAGUGAAAUAGAUUUCCUCUAUUUUUUUCUUUUCUUUUUUUUGAUCUUUAAAAAGGUUCCCUACUUUUGUAAUAUAGUUGCUAUGGUUAUUUAAGUGAUACAUUUAUAAUAUGAAAUAUGUACAAUUCAUUCAAUAUACAGAAAGAAAUUUUUGUUAGAUAUAUGUAUAUAUAUAUUCAAAUGAUUUAUCAAUUUGAGUAGAUUCAAAUGGGAUUAUCUUCAUUGAUAUAAAUCUAUUUAAAGAAGAAGAAGAAGGACAGUUAUAAACAGUGUGUAAAAAAAUACCUUUAUCCCUUUAUUACUAACACUACUACUAUUAUUAUUAUUAUCAGUAGUAUAAACGUGAAUAUAAUUUGGUGAAAAAUUUAUUUGAUAUUUGACAUAAUGGAAUAAAGAUUUUGAUGAAUUAUUAUUUAUCAUGAUAAAUUAAUCGUCUUAAUGAUGACGAUCAUGAUGAUGACGAUGCUGAUGAUGCUGAUGCUGAUAUUGAAUACUCAGAAAAAAGGAAUACCAUUUAUCUAUAUAUUAUAAUCUAAUAUCUUAUCUAAUAGAAUUGUGAUCAAUACUAUAAUAAUAAUAAUUAUUAUUAUUAUCAAUAUUAUUAGUAAUAGUUGGUAAUUAUUGUGUGGAAUAAACCAAUAAAUAUCAUGUUCUCACGUGUACAAUUUCGUAGAACAUUUAAAAAACCAGAAGAUCAAGAUACUGAUCCAUUUCUAUUAACUAAAAAUGUAACCCUUCAAAGAAAUACAGAUAUUCGCACAUAUUAUAAUGUCGGAGUUUAUUUGGGCAGUGGAAAAUUUGGUGAAGUGAAAAGAUGUCAAGAAAAAAAGACUGGAAGAGAAUUUGCUGCAAAAUUUGUUCCAAUCGCUAGUGAAGAAGAUAUGAAUAGUGUAUUGAAUGAAAUUGCUGUUAUGAAUACAUUAAGACAUCCAAGAUUAAUUCAAUUGUAUGAUGCUUAUCAAAUUGAUGAAGAAGUUACACUUGUUCUUGAAUUGAUAACAGGGGGUGAAUUAUUUGAACGAAUUAUUGAUGAAUCAUUUAAUUUAAAUGAAUCUAGAUGUAUAAAAUUUAUGCAUGAAAUUCUUCAAGGUGUUGAAUAUAUGCAUUCACAAAAUGUGAUACAUCUUGAUUUAAAGCCUGAAAAUAUAUUAUGUUUAUCAGCAACCAGUUUUAAAACAAAAAUUAUUGAUUUUGGAUUAGCUAGAUUUUAUCAAGAUCAAAAUUUAUGUGUUCUAUUUGGUACACCGGAAUUUGUUUCACCUGAAGUAAUCUCAUAUGAACCAGUUUCACCUGCAGCAGAUAUGUGGUCACUUGGUGUAAUAUGUUAUGUAAUGCUUUCUGGAUUAUCCCCAUUUUUGGGUGACAGUCAAGGAGAAACUUUAGCUAAUAUUAUACGAGUGAAAUAUAAUUUUGAUUAUACAGAAUUUGCAGAAAUUUCAAAUGAUGCAAUGGAUUUUAUUCGAAAACUUUUAGUGAAAGAUCCAAGAAAACGAAUGACAGCUACUGAAUGUUUACAACAUCAAUGGUUAAAGCAAAAGAAAAAAACACCAAAACGUUCUGGAACAGUCAGUAAAAAACGUCUGAAACAUUUUGUUUAUCGACGUAAAUGGCAAAAAGCAGUAAAUGCGAUUAUAGCAUUACAACGUAUGGGUGUUGUACUACAACACUCACCAAUAAUGCGAUCAAGACAUCCAAGUAUGUCUAUACAUGGUAUGAAUAGAUCAUUUGAAAAUGAAACUAAACGACCUAAACCUCCACAAGUCACUGGACAUAAAUUAUUAUCAAGUAGCCCAACACCACUUCCAACAGUUAGUAAAGAAAGUUCACCAAUGGAAUUAAUGAAGAAACCUUCAGGCAUAUUUAGAAAAACUAGUUUCUUUGGUAAAACACGAAAAGAUGAUACCACUACUAGUAGUGCUGGUAAUAAUGGAACUAAAACUAAAAAUAAAGCUGUUGAAAACGUAUCAGAUCCAUCAACAUCACAUAAAAAUAAAUUAGACUUAUCAACUAAAUCCAAACGUAAAGAAAGUGGUAAAGUUUUCAUGUUACAACGGUAUAAAAAUAGUCAACAGUCAACAUCAUCAGAUAGUCCGUCGAUUUUACCUAAAAUCAGUGUGACAAGUGAACCCAAUUCCAGAUCCUCAAGUAAAUCAGAAGCAGUUGUAACUAGCCCGAUACAACAAAAGGAUACUUCUGCUUCAUCAUUUGUAUUUAAAACUCAGAAAAAAAAUAGUGCAUCAAAAAUAAUACAAUCAAAUGAGAAACAAUCGAAUCCUUUCACCGUAAAAGAUAAAAAAUCCUCCACAUCAACACCACCAUUGCCACCAACUUCAACAUCUAAUCCUCUAUUAACAAACUCAAUUGGGAAUACAAGCAAUGAAAAAGAGAAAUUAUCAGCUGGAAAAACAAAAACAACAUUGAACACAACUGAUACUACUAACAAUCUUGUUAGUAGUAGUAAUAGUAACACAACAACAACUGUGAAUACACACCAUAACUUUCAUAAAGUCCCAACAAAAUCAAAGACUACUACAUCCAUUUCAAAAUCAGAUAUUGCUAUGAAAAUUAAUUUCUUUUCAAAUUUAUCUAAACAAGGUAAAGUAAAGUGAUAUUGUACAGUGAUUUUCUCUUCUUUUGCAUGCUUUCUUUAUUUAUCCCCAUCUGUAAAUUGUCUUCCUUUUGAAUUUUAUGCAGUAUUUUUUUCUUUUCAUUUCACCUCCAUUUAUCGAUUUUGUGUGUGUGUGUCUAGGUGGGUGAGUGGGUAGGUAGGUAACAAGAGUUCAAAUUUAUUUAGUUUUAAUAAAAGAUUGUUUCAUAUUCAAUAAUUUUAAUGACAAUAAUAUAACUAUCAAAUAGGUUUUGUUCAUAAGAUAAGAUACUUAACAAACAGAUAAAAGUGAACAAAUAACCAGAAUUAAGAAUUUCCCUACAUAUCAAUUUAAUCAUUACUAUUAUUAUCGUAUAUUAUUAAUAUCCAUGGUAAAUAAACUUGUUUUUUUUCCUCGUUUUCGAGUUGUCCAAUGGAAAUUAUUCACUAACAACACCAUACAUAUUAACUCUUUGUAUUCAUAUAGUAACAAUAAUAAUAAUGCCGAACCUUCAUCUAUAUAUUUUUUCCCAAUAAUUAAAAUAUUUUUAAGCGCAUAUAUAAAUCAUUAUAAUAAUGGGUUCCUUUGUUUUAAUUUGUAUAAAAGUUCAUUGUUCAAUGAAUACCCCCCCCCGAAAAAAAGGUCACUCUUUUGUUGUUCUGUCUUUUAUUGUUUAUAAUAAAGAUUACUUUAUUAAUAAUUUAAUAAACAUUAUGGUGAUGCUGUUGUUUCAUUUGUUAUUUAUAACUGAUUGUUUCAUUAUUUUCAUCCAUUUCAUUUUAUCCAUAUAAAAAGAAUUAUUAUUUGAAAUAAAAGAGAUAACUUAAAUAAGACUGGGUGAUUUUGGGAACAACUUCUAUUUCGAAGGGGAUUUGGUUAUCAUUUAAACAAUAAUACUAGUUUAUUUACUGAUCUUUUUAGCUAUCUUACACCACGAUAUAGUUAGCCCCCAAAUGCCUUGGUACGGCUGAGAGUGGGGAGAG